CGGCAUCAUGCUUGGAGUUCUGGUUGCUGUGUUGGCUCUGGCAGCUGCAGCCUUUGGCUGUGGGGUUCCUGCCUACCCCCCCUCUGUGUCUAGAGUGGUGGGAGGGGAAGAUGCGAGACCCUACAGCUGGCCCUGGCAGGCCUCCCUUCAGUACAGUUCAAACGGCAAAUGGUACCAUACUUGUGGAGGAACCCUCAUUGCAACCAACUGGGUGAUGACAGCUGCCCACUGCAUCAGCUCUUCUAGGAACUAUCGAGUACUUCUUGGAAAAUACAAUCUGGCAGCUGUGGAACAAGGAUCAUUUGAAGCUUUUCCAGAAAAAAUCAUCGUUCAUGAGAACUGGAAUCCACAGAAUGUUGCAAAUGGGUACGACAUUGCUCUGAUCAAGCUCAGUGAGCACGUGGCCUUAAACAGCCACAUUAAGCUGGCCUGCCUGCCCCCUGCACAGAGCAUCCUCUCCUCCAACACCGCCUGCUACGUGACGGGGUGGGGAAGGCUGCAGACAAACGGACCUCUUCCAGAUGACCUGCAGCAAGGCCUUUUGCUGGUGGUGGAUUACGCCACUUGCUCCAAGUCUAACUGGUGGGGAAGCACAGUGAAACCCACCAUGGUUUGUGCUGGUGGGGACGGAAUCACCUCCAGCUGCAAUGGGGACUCUGGUGGCCCACUGAACUGCCAAGGUGCUGAUGGCAGGUGGGAAGUGCACGGUAUUGUCAGCUUCGGCUCUUCCCUUGGCUGCAACUAUUACCACAAGCCUUCUGUCUUCACCCGGGUGUCUGCUUACAAUAACUGGAUCCAGUGGGUAAGUUUCAAGAUGCUGCUUCUGGAGAAUAUAAAGACUUAGUGAUUUCUGAGGUUCUCUGACAGAUUCCUGCCACCUACUCAGGGAGCUGUAUCACUUUUGAUUCUACUUUCCAUAGGAGUAACCUCUGUAGACAAGCCCUUAUCAGUGCAUUCUCCUUUUAUACUAGAGCUAUAUUUAUGGUUAUAAAGUUUUUACUGGUAUGACUUCGGAAGUGAUCACUCAAAUUUGUAUUCACCAGUGACACUGCUUUUUGCAAUUGCAUUCUAGAAGGCAGCACAUGCUGCUCAAGUCUGGGACUUCAAUUAUUUUUUAAAAUAAUGUAAACUUUAAUCUAAAAAGUGACUGAGAAGAAAAGGUCUCCUUUCAGUUACUUAAAUCCCUCAUCUUCAAUGCAACAU